CAGCUCCUGCGAGUGGCAGAGAAGAUCCGGCUCUAACACACACACGCGGAACACACUGCAACACACACUCACACUGCAACACACACACCACAGUGUAACACACACACACGGAACACACACACAGAACACAGUGCAACACACACACGGAUCACACACACACAGAACACAGUGCAACACACACACACACGGAACACAGUGUAACACACACACACGGAACACACACACAGAACACAGUGCAACACACACAAACACACGGAUCACACACACACAGAACACAGUGCAACACACACACACACACGGAACACAGUGUAACACACACACAGUGCAACAUAUACACACGGAACACAGUGCAACACACACACACACGUAACACGCACACACGGAACACAGUGCAACACACACACAGACGGAACACACACACACAGAACACAGUGCAACACACACACACGGAACACACACACACUCACACUGCAACACACACACACGGAACACAGUGUAACACACACACAGUGCAACAUAUACACACGGAACACAGUGCAACACACACACACACGUAACACGCACACACGGAACACAGUGCAACACACACACACACGGAACACACACACACAGAACACAGUGCAACACACACACACGGAACACACACACACUCACACUGCAACACACACACACAGAACACAGUGCAACACACACACACGGAACACACACACACACUCACACUGCAACACACACACACACGGAGCACAGUGCAACACACACACGCGACCAUCACCACCACUACCGCCGCUGCGUUGUAAAGGCCGCUGCUGCUGCUGCUAUUGACUGUGAUGCCGUUCGCGAGACGUAGGAAGGUGCAUCUCAGGCAUCCGCUGUGGUGUUGAGAAGGUCAGGUCACGGUGGGGGGCAGGGGGGCGCAUUGACAAUGGCGAGCCCCUCCCAGGCUCCUGAGUUGAGCCGCAACUCCGCCAACGUCGCGGCGUCUCGGCCGGCCGUCACCGCGGCUUCCGCCGUCGUCACCAAGCACCGGCGUUGCGGCUCCGAGUCGCUCGUCUGGGACAUGCAGGCCGCGGGGGGCUGGCGGCCCCCCGCCGCCGCCGCCGCCGCGGGCGAUGCGAACUCUCGGGGGUCCGCCGAGACGGCCCCCCAACCCGACAGCCCGCGGCUGAGCACGCGGCUCAGCUCGGGGCGAGGCUGCCCCAGCGUGGAAUUCUCGGUGAGGCCUCGGAGCGCGUCUCUGUCGGCUCGCGGAGGGCAAGGCCCGGGGCAGGGCCCUGAGGGAGAAGCGAGCCCCUUCACGCCGACGAUCGUCGGCUACGAAGUGACGGAGGAGAGGGCCAAGUUUACAGUGUACAAGGUGCGCGUGGAGCGGAACGCGCACGACAGCUGGAUCGUCUUCCGGAGGUACGCAGACUUCGUCCGACUGCACGACAAGCUGCGCGAGAGCUUCCCCGAGCUGCGCAUGGAGCUGCCGCCCAAACGCUGGCUCCGCGACAACUUCCACCCCGGCUUCCUGGAGGUGCGGCAGCGAGGCCUGCAGGCGUACCUGUACAGCGUCGUGCUCAACAGCCAGGCGGCGCGCAGCGCUGCAGUGCGAGAGUUCCUGUGCCUCGAUGAGCCUCCCGGACCCUUCGACAGCUUGGAGGAGAGCAGGGCGUUCUGCGAGAGCCUGGAGGAGGCCAACGCGCGGCUCCAGCGAUCGCUGCUGGAGCGCGAGCGGGAGCUGGCGUCGUGGCGCCAGGAGUGCGAGGAGCUGCGGACGGCGCUGGAGGCGGCGCAGGCUCGCGUCCGCGUCCUGGAGGACACGCGGCGGGGGGAGGAGGAGGAUGGUGACGGGAGCAGAGAUACAUGAGAACCGGAGGGACAUGUUUAGCAGACGACGCCAUCCCUUCCCCCAUCACACCCCACACCCCCUCGUGCUCCCUACGGCAGCCUUGGGGGGGGGACACCAAGGUCUCCCGGUGCUUAAGAACCCACAAGCUCCUCCCAAAGCAGCAUGUCACCUGUCAUCGACAACAAAAACAAUGGGAUUGCAAAAAAAUUAUGAGUUUUUUUUUUGUUAUCGAUUUCCCCUGAUGAGUUUUAAAAUGUCAAAGGUUCAUAUAUGGCGUAAGUUUGUAAGCGUAAUCGUCAUGAACAAUCCACUGCUGGAUGAAGGCCUCCCCAAGCGGCCGCCAUCCCUCACGAUCCUUGGCGAUGCAAUAAUCCACGGAGCACCUCCACGCGAGCUAAUUUCAUCGCUCCGUAACCUCGGCGUACAUCCUCUCAGGCUUUGGCUGCCACUCCGUAAUUAUUCUAGCGAUGUGUCCUACCCAAACCCACUUUUCUCAACGCAAGAAUGAUGUGUUUACGCCUGCGCAUGCGAGCAAAGGGGAUCGUCCAUUUAUUUCUGCCUUGGCUUGCCAUCAUCCACUUAACACAGAAAUGAAACAUUAACAUAUUUCCAGCAAUGACAGCGAGACAGUGAAGCUAAAGAAAUAAAUAGCUUCGAUGCGACACUUAUAUGGAAUGGUGAGUGAAAGCAAAGCCAGUAGUCUUAACACACAUGUUCAACGUGAUCUCACUGCAGCCAUCUCAAGGUGCUGGUGCUAUUAUUAUUAUUGGCAAGAUAAAUAAUAAGCACGAGGAAUCUUCACAGCAAUUGUUAAACUAGGAGCUGCCACAAUUAGCGUUGUGCACUGGACACUGAAGAAAGUAAUAUCAUACAAUCAGUAGCCUUUAAUUAUUUAGCGUUGAAGAAAAAUAACUUGAGCACAAUGUAGUUUAGAAAUGUAAAACGGUUGUGUGUGUGAUAGCAUUAAUACGUAUAAAAUGACAUGGAACUUAGAGAAUGGUGAUACAAAAAUUUUACUUUUUUUUGCAACACAUCUCAGAGCUGAGAGCAGCAAUGUGCCUUUUGUGAGUUUUAUUGCAAUCGGUUUUUUUAUUUAAGCUUACUCCGAAUUUAACAGAAAUGCCUCUGGCUUCGAGAGCCAAAUUAAAGUCACUUUAACGAGAAAAGUGGACAACAUUGGACAUUUAAUGUGCAAGCGAACAAAACAAGUGUGCCAUUAAUCUUUCAUUUUCCUUCGCCUUUAUCAUUUUCCCGCAGUGUUCUUCACAAAGCUUGGGAGCAGUUCUGUCCCAGUUGGGCAUUAAAGUCAACGGCUAUUGCUCGCCAGUUAUUAUUCCGUCAACAUUACUCAUCUGCAAGUGUUGUGUAAAUAAAAUAUAUUGUUGGUUAUGCCAGCGUUGCCAUUGCACGCUAAUAAUUAAUUAUGACACCAGUCUUGUAUUGUCCAAAUCCAUUCUAUUUCUAAGAACUACUCUUCAAAAAGACUUUCCUCACCAGUGUUAAGAAAAACAAACUAUUGCAGAUGAAGUCUAACCCUGAAGGCAUCGCAGAAACAUCUCCUGAGUAGAGUGCAAUGAAGGUUAUCUGUUUGCUGUGGCUGUUUGUGUUCUUCGCCUUUUUCUCUUGGUGCUUUCAGAGAUUAAUGCAUUCACAUUACAUUCAAUAGAGGUAUAAGUUGCAUUCACCAUCAAAGGCCAUGAAACCACCAAGGAUUCAUUGGGGAUGCACACAUUAUGUACAUGUACCGCCCUUUGUCAUUCAGCCCUUUGGAAGUGCUGAGAGAGGGCCUCUUCACAGCGUUACAAGUCAUGGGGGUUAAUAGAGCGUAAUUCACUAUGUUCCGUCAAUGCAGGUUAGUAUACAUGGGCGCAUAGAAAUGCAGUGUGAUAGAGUUUGCUGCAUUGCCCUCUGCUGUCCACAACACCGCUGCACAGGUUAGGUAUUUAUCUUCUUGGUUCUUUCGGUGAAGUCACCGAAAGAACCAAGAAGAUGAAUCCCUGCAGUCACGAAAGCUUUAAAUCGAAGGUUAGGUAUUGCCUGCUGCAUUGUCAUACACGAUGCUCGCCUAACCCAGCGAUCUCCAGGUUCAAUCUGCUGAGCUUCCGAGAUUUAGCUAGAUCAUUCCGGGCGAUUUGGAUAUAGGCUUGUAGCAUAUAUGCCAUGUUUUUGUAUCAACCUUAUGAAAAUGUAAUUGAUGCAAAGCUGACACAAAGGGUUCAUUUAAAUGUCACUGGUAUCGGUACAUAUGCUGGCAUUGAAAAACAUACUAUAAGAGCACAGAGUGGAAAAGGCAUUUGUUAGCUUCCCUGAAUGACUUGUGUUUUAAAUUGAAGCUGACUUCAAGAAACAAACGUUAACUUUUUCAACUUUGGCACUUAUCCAGUAUUGGGGGCAUUCCCAUCGUACCAUAAUGCGAAUGCCUCUGAUACUCGAUAGUUAUACUUUAAAAUCGAAUGCUGCAUGCUGCGUUGUCUCAUUUGCUCAAGGAGACUUGCUCAUGAAUAAUUAAGUGUCUGGUUCACGUGGUCAUUCUCAGCCAUGAUCUAUCCACUGCUGAAUGAAGGCCUCUCUGUACCGUGAGAUGCAACGAAACACAUCUCACUCCCGCACGUGAUCUUUUACCUCCAUCUCCGUGGCUGUAUACUCGUGGGUGUAUUUUGUCCUUGGGUUCAAGUGGUGCUUACUGGCUGCUCAUGCUGGCUGCUCAUGCAGAAGGAUCAGACACACUCCUGGGAAAAUGAGCACUGUAUCUCCUUGGUGAGUAUCAUGUGCGAAGCCCUGGUCUCUUAUGUUGAUCCUCUCUUUUGGUCAUUGCCACAUUAUCUGCCAACUAUAAAGGCGUAUCCGCGAAAACAUAACACACGCAACAUGCAAAUAUGAUGUUUGUCAUCGUAGAGUUUGCACGCAUAGAAUAUUAACAUUAAAUAUUCAUCACGUAUACAGUGACAGUCCCAGCCAUUACAGCUGCACAUAUAUAAUGCUGAAACAAUAAAAUGGGUACUUGUGCAAUGGCAUGGCUCAGAAAUGAAGUACAUUAAUAGUGGUGGACUGGUAUCAUUAAGUUUACACGCUUCUGUGAUACAUAUUCUAAUCGUAUAUUUAAUUCAAUUCGGGGAUAAAACGCGUACUUAUGAGUCUCGUGGACAAGGACAACGAUUGCUCUCCCGUCUUGAGGUAUCGCUGUGACGCAUGAACAACAUGCUCGUGUGCUCUUGAGUUUUAGCGAUGGCCCCUUGGGCAAAGCCUGCAGUAAUCAAAAUAAAAAAUACUGGGCUCGUAAUGCCAACACGC